UGUCACUCAACGCCUCAUUUUAUUUUCGACAACGAAAUUUUAGAUUCGAUUGUUAUUUUAUUUCACAAAUAUUUCGAAUGAAAUUAGGAUGACAGAUAGUGCAAGUGCAAGGUAUAAAUAUUUGCAAAAAAUUGGCGAAGGUGUGCAUGGUAUGGUAUUAAAAGCACAUGAUUUGACAACGGGAAAAGAGGUGGCCAUCAAAAAGGUGUCACUUCGAACAAAACAUGGUGAAAUUUCGUUGAGCACUGUUCGCGAAAUAAAAGCACUUCAGCAUUGUGAUUGCAAAUAUAUAAUGUCAUUGCUAGAUGUAUUCCCCGAUAUGACUGGAUUGUCGCUGGUAUUUGACUAUAUGCCGCAUACAUUGUAUUCGAUUUUGAAAAAUGACUCGAUACCAUUGAGCCGAUCAAUUAUUCGAUCGUACACAAGCAUGUUAUUGCAUGGCGUCAAAUAUAUGCAUAGCAUUGGUAUCAUGCACAGAGACAUAAAACCAGCCAAUUUACUCAUCGAUGACAAUGAUGUACUGAAAAUAGCCGAUUUUGGUUUGGCUCGAAUUUACAGUCAAAAUGAGGACAAAUCAUAUUCACCCCAAGUAGCAAGCAGAUGGUAUAGAGCACCUGAACUACUGUAUGGAUCAUCAAAAUACGGGCCAGCUGUCGAUAUGUGGGCUAUUGGAUGCGUAUUUGCCGAAAUGCUUAGAAGAGUUCCGCUGUUCAAUGGAAACACGGAUAUUGAGCAAUUGGCAUUGGUGAUAAAAAUUUUGGGCAGUCCAAAUCAAAAAGAUUGGCCGGAAAUGGAUUCGUUGCCGGAUUUCAAAAAGAUUCAUUUUUCGCAUAGCAAAGGGGAGAGCUGGCAAAAUAUAUUCCCCACGUGUACAACAGCCAAUGAAAUUGCACUUGUUGAUGGUCUGGUUCAAUAUAAUCCGCGAAAGCGGUUGACUGCAGCUGAGGCACUGAACCUGGACUAUUUCAUCCAAUAUGACAGCGAUGUACUGAAAUCGAUAUCGAAAUUCUGAAUUAAUCUAUAAUACGAUGUAAUUUUCAAAUCAAAUAAAAUAAAAAUUUCUUGGAAAAAAAGGGGCAACCAAAUUCAAUUCAAUUAUAUGUCAUUGUUGUUGGUUGUGGUGGUAGUGGUGGUGGUACUGCUGUUGACGUAUAUAUGCUAAUUUGU